CUUCAAAAUGCAACGGUCACUGCAAAGGAAUAACUACCACUCGUUUUCCUGUCGGCGGUUUACUGCGAGAGCCGGAGAAUCAGAGACAGAAUGUGGCCGUUUAGCAGGAAAGGACCAUCUGGGUUCUCAUCAUCUUCCACAGCGGAGGAAGUUACUCACGGGAUCGACGCCUCUGGUCUCACUGCCAUUGUUACAGGAGCGUCUAGCGGUAUUGGCACUGAAACUUCAAGGGUACUUGCAUUACGUGGUGUCCAUGUAGUUAUGGCAGUCAGGAAUAUGGCAGCUGGAAGAGAUGUCAAAGAAGCUAUAAUAAAAGAAAUCCCCUCUGCCAAAGUUGAUGCCAUGGAAUUGGACCUCAGUUCAAUGACGUCUGUGAGGAAGUUUGCAAAAGAUUUCAAUUCUCUGGGUCUUCCAUUGAACAUCCUAAUUAACAAUGCAGGAGUUAUGGCAACACCAUUCAUGCUUUCCAAAGACAACAUAGAACUACAAUUUGCAACGAAUCAUAUAGGUCAUUUUCUUUUGACAAAUCUGUUAUUGGACAAUAUGAAGAAAACAGCAAGUGAAAGUAAGAGAGAAGGGAGAAUUGUAAAUGUCUCGUCAGAAGCUCAUCGUUUCCCUUAUUCUGAAGGAAUUCGUUUUGAUAAAAUUAAUGAUCAGUCAGGGUAUAGCAGUUUCCGUGCCUAUGGUCAAUCUAAGCUUGCUAAUGUGUUGCAUGCUAAUGAGCUGGCUGGACGUUUAAAGGAAGAUGCUGUCAAUAUAACUGCAAAUUCACUUCAUCCAGGAGCAAUUUUAACCAAUCUUUUCCGUCAUAUGAGGAUCGUCAAUGGCGUGGUUGAUGUGCUUGGUAGACUAGUGCUUAAAAAUGUUCAGCAGGGUGCUGCAACUACAUGCUAUGUGGCAUUGCAUCCACAAGUGAAGGGGAAAAGUGGUGAAUAUUUUUCAGAUGCUAACUUGGCCAAAGCAACUGACAUGGGUAGAGAUGUUGGAUUGGCUAAGAAACUAUGGGAUUUCAGCAUGAAAUUGGUCGACUAAACGUUGCUUCCAAAAUAUGCAACUCCUUACCAGAUUUACAAGAAAGUAUCAUCAUUUUCUUUUCUUAGACAUAAUGUUUAUGGAUGAAAUCCUGCUAAAAAAAAAUUGUUUAUGGAGAAAAUAGAAAGUUGUAUCUACCUAAUACUGUUAAGUUUAGAGUCAUACGUAUAAAUUAUGGAUAAUAAGUAUCUAGUGACUUGAGAAA